UGUGUGUGUGUGCGCGCGCGCGCGCGCGCGCACACGUGCUUAGAGAAACACAACACCACAGUACUCAAGCACUACUUUUGAGGGUGUUUUAAAUGACAAGAAGAUCUACAAAAAGCACAGAGAUGUGAAAAAGGUCAUACUAGGUGGGAGAGGGGCAGCAAGAAUGUGGACUGCUGCUUUGUUUGACCUCAGCCCGGUGCAUCCGUGCCAGGCAUCUUGCAUUUUCCCCUUUUGCACAAAUCUGUGAGACCGUAGAAGCAUUGUAAGGGUGGGUCUUGCGGAUACAAGUACAUUUUUAGUGAGAUAAUCCCCACGUACAGAACUUUGAAAAUGAUGCCUGCCAGCUAUCUCUGCUUAAGCACUGCUACUUCAAUGGGAGAAAGCUUCAUGAAAUAUUUCAAGUGAUUAUCAUUUCUUUUUCAAAAAGGUUAUUUGUGGGGGAAAAAAUGGGAGGAAACGGGAGCAUGGGAAGAAACGUGCCGAGGUGAUUUCGCUGGAAGCAGGGUUGCUCAUGUGCGGCUCAGGCUGCCCUGCCACCGAGGUUAGGCAAUCCAGCGGCACUCCCGCCACGUCACCUCAGAAGAAGCGGUCUGUUGCUGUCCACUCUUGACUCUUGGAACUGUCCCUAAUUUUGUCAUUCUGUCCCCAGCUCCUCGGGGAAGAUCUGAGGAGGCUGUGGUCACCGCUCUGCAGGGCAGAACCGUUAUGGGGGCAGCAGUGUGCAGAGCUUUUCCCAGGGCUCCCCGGACUCUUUGGGCACCAUGCCAGUGGAAAGAAUGCGAAUGCGCCCAUGGCUGGAGGAACAGAUAAAUUCCAAUACAAUACCAGGGCUAAAAUGGCUGAACAAGGAAAAGAAGGUUUUCCAGAUCCCCUGGAUGCAUGCAGCUAGACAUGGGUGGGAUGUGGAAAAGGAUGCCCCGCUCUUCAGAAACUGGGCGAUCCAUACAGGAAAGCAUCAACCAGGAGUAGAUAAACCUGAUCCCAAAACGUGGAAAGCAAACUUUCGUUGUGCCAUGAAUUCCUUGCCUGAUAUUGAGGAAGUGAAGGAUAGAAGUAUAAAGAAAGGAAACAAUGCCUUCAGAGUAUACCGGAUGUUGCCCUUAUCAGAACGACCUUCUAAGAAAGGAAAGAAACCAAAGACAGAAAAAGAAGAGAGAGUUAAGCACAUCAAGCAAGAACCAGUUGAGUCAUCUUUGGGGCUUAGUAAUGGAGUAAGUGACUUUUCUCCUGAGUAUGCGGUCCUGACUUCAGCUAUAAAAAAUGAAGUGGAUAGUACGGUGAACAUCAUAGAUGGUGAUAUGCUGGCCUGUUGCCCUACAGACUUAAAGAUUUGUUCCUUGUCUCCAUUGCCUCAUCUCUGCCCCUGCCAGUACCAGAUAGCAGUGUCUGUGCCAAGCAGGUGCAUCACCAGUCUGGUUGUAGGACAGUCCCAUCUGGACAGCAACAUUGAAGACCAAGAGAUCGUCGCUAAUCCACCAGACAUUUGCCAAGUUGUGGAAGUGACCACGGAGAGUGAUGACCAGCCAGUCAGCAUGAGCGAGCUCUACCCUCUACAGAUUUCUCCUGUGUCUUCCUACGCAGAAAGCGAAACUACCGACAGUGUGCCCAGUGAUGAGGAGAAUGCAGAGGGGAGACCGCACUGGCGGAAGAGGAGCAUUGAAGGCAAGCAGUAUCUCAGCAACAUGGGGACACGGAACAGCUACCUGCUGCCCAGCAUGGCGACCUUUGUCUCUACCAACAAGCCAGACCUGCAGGUCACCAUCAAAGAGGAGAGUUGUCCAAUGCCUUACAACAGCUCCUGGCCCCCUUUUACAGACCUCUCCCUCCCUGCCCCAGUGACCCCCACGCCCAGCAGCAGUCGGCCGGACAGGGAGACCCGGGCCAGUGUCAUCAAGAAGACAUCUGACAUCACCCAGGCCCGUGUCAAGAGCUGCUAAGCCUUUGACUCUCUCCCCAGUGGUUGUUGGGAUUUCUUAGCUUUGUGUUGUUAUUUGUUUGUAUUUUAUUUUUUUUCUCUCUGAUACCUAUCUUAGACAAAUCUAAGGGAAAAAGCCUUGACAGUAGAAGAUUGAUUGCUGUGUCCACCUCCCGAGCAGGAGCUUCUUUUUAACUCAGGACUCCAGCCCCUCGGAGAUGCGUUAUCUCUAGAACCUGCUGGAUCUCCCAGGGCUACUCCCUCAAGUUCAAGGACCAACAGCCACAUGGGCAGCGGAGGUGCUGCAUCGCCUACGGUCAAGGCCAGCAUGGUGGAGUGGAUGCCUCAGAACGGGCGAGAAAAUGUGAACUAGCUGGAAUUUUUUAUUCUUGUGAAUAUGUACAUAGGGCAGGACCUGUCACGUGGCGGUCUGCCUCUGCACCUUAUCUCGAAGCACUUACAAUAAAUAGGCCUUCUUGUGAUCUUGCUCUCCUUCACAGCACACUUGGCGCCCCUUCUGUGCCCAUUAGCCCAUUAUACACCCCUCCCUCUUCAUCCCCUCCAUCCCAGCCCACUUCCCACCCCUCCCUCCUCAUCCCCUCCAUCCCAGCCCACUUCCCACCCCUCCCUCCUCAUCCCCUCCAUCCCAGCCCACUACCCACCCCUCCCUCCUCAUCCCCUCCAUCCCAGCCCACUUCCCACCCCUCCCUCCUCAUCCCCUCCAUCCCAGCCCACUACCUACCCCUCCCUCCUCAUCCCUUCCAUCCCAGCCCACUUCCCACCCCUCCCUCCUCAUCCCCUCCAUCCCAGCCCACUACCUACCCCUCCCUCCUCAUCCCCUCCAUCCCAGCCCACUUCCCACCCCCCCUCCACAACUCCUCCAUCCCAGCCCACUUCCCACCCCUCCCUCCUCAUCCCCUCCAUCCCAGCCCACUUCCCACCCCUCCCUCCUCAUCCCCUCCAUCCCAGCCCACUACCCACCCCUCCCUCCUCAUCCCCUCCAUCCCAGCCCACUUCCCACCCCUCCCUCCUCAUCCCCUCCAUCCCAGCCCACUUCCCACCCCCCCUCCACAACUCCUCCAUCCCAGCCCACCCUGUUCCUUUUCUCCUUUUCCUCUCCUCAAAGGCAAUUGUUCCACAUCUUAGAGGAGGAGGAGGAGGAGAAGAAAAUGAAUUUCUCCACAGCUGUCCCAUUUUAAGACUGCUUGAAAAAAAAAUCUUUCUAAUCUGCUAUGCUUGAAUGCCACGCGGUACAAAGGAAAACUGUCAUGGAAAUAUUAUGCAAAUUCCCAGAUUUGAAGACAAAAAUACUCUAAUUCUAACCAGAGCAAGCUUUUUUAUUUUUUAUACAGGGGAAUAUUUUAUUCAAGGUAAAAUUCUAAAUAAAAUAGAAUUGUUUUUUAUCUUUUCUACAGCAAAUUUAUAAUUUUAAGAUUCCUUUUCUUGUUUAUCAGCAGUUGUUAUUACAUCCUUGUGGCACAUUUUUUUUUUUAAUUUUGUAAAGGUGAAAAAAAAACUUUUAUGAGCUCAUGUAGCAAUCAAAUUAUCCUGUGGAUUGAUAAUAAAUGAAUAUGGUAUAUAGUUAAAAUUUUUAA